AUGAAGAGAAGAUUUUUAUUUCAGCAUAAAGAAAUUGAAGAAACUGCUAGCUUAUAUGCACCUACUUAUGAAACAAUACCAUCCAUGCAGUUGUCUUUUGAAGAAAUUUUAUCAAUUGCUGAGAAAAGAUUUCAAUUUCAUCGAUUAUUAGAGUUUGAAGAAUCGCAAGAGACUGUAGAGUUCUCAAAAAUCAGAUCUCUAUCACUAGAAUAUGAUAUUCCUUUAAAAGAAGCAUCAGAAACUGAUGGAGAACAAACAAAAGAUCAAAUUUCGUUUUUUUCUCUACUUAUGAUUUACACAGAAACCGAAGAACAGCAAACAAAACUUGCAGACUAUGAAUCACGACUGUUCUUUUAUAGACUAAAGCUCAGUUACUCUUCUCCAAAACAAAUUCCUGAUUUCUUUUGGCCAAGUAAAGAACUGAAAGAUCAAAUCAUCAACUCGCAGAAAGAUGAUUACUAUUGUGUUCCUUUCGAACAAAUUUUCGAUCAAAUCGAUGUCAGAACUAUUGAUGUUGAAAACGGCAUUGCUAAACUGACUACAGAUCACGUAUAUCAGAUUGUCCAAAAGAACUUCAACGAUUUCCUUGUAAAAAAGCUACAUUCCGCCGAGUUUUCGAAUCUUGAUUUCAUAAGUUACCUCAGAUCAGAAUUUAAGCGAGUUACAAAGAGCGAAGAUGAUCAGAUACUUACAUUAGACAACUACGAAGAGCUCUGCCAUCGAUCUGCGCCUCCUUGUAUUUAUCGAAUUUUAGAUUCGCUGAAAAAGUCAUCACAACUGUCAGUUAAAGGCAGAUUUGAGCUCUGUAUGUUCCUUAAAGGACUCGGGUUCGAUUAUUUCUCACAAUAUAUUUUUUGGAAGAAACAUUUUUUUUCUCCGAAAAAUCCAGAUUUAUUUGACAAACAAAUUGUUCCUUCUCUGAAAUACAUCUAUUGUAUUGACGGGAACAAGAAGAAAUACCAACCCCACAGUUGCAUCGCUUUGAUCGGACAAGACAAUCCAGAAAAUCCAUACCAAGUACAAGGAUGUCCGUUCAGAUAUAUGAUGAGAGCUGAACUAAAGAUGUACAUAAAGAAAAUGGGAAGAAAAAUCAAAAAUGAAGUGAUUUCUAAAAUUUGUGAACAAGUUCCUGAACAUCCACAGAUUGCUUGCAAACUGUUCUUUGAUGGGAUGUUUGAAGAAGAUCCUCUGGAUUACGCAGGAAUGUCUCAUCCGAUUCAGUUCUUUAAAGAAGCUGAAACGAGAAAAUCUGAUCAUUAUUAUUAG